UCCCUCCCCCUCCCUCCCCUCCCACUCUCCCCUCCCCGCCCCACUCUCCCCUCCCGUCCCACUCUCCCCUCCCGGCCCCACUCUCCCCUCCCGGCCCCACUCUCCCCUCCCCUUCCCACUCUCCUCCCCUCCCCCGUCACUCCUCCCCCUCCCGCCCCCCUCCCCCUCCCCCUCCCACUCUCCCCUCCCGUCACCCACUCUCCCCUCCCCGUCCCACUCUCUCCCCCCCCGUCCCAUUCUCCCCCCUCCCUCCUCUCCCUCUCUCCCUCCCCUCCCGUCCCCACUCUCCCCUCCUCCCGCCCCUCUCGCCCGUCCCCUCUCCGCACUCUCCCUCCCCCUUCUCCCCCCUUCCCUUCCCAUUCUCCCCUCCCCUGCUCACUCUCCCCUCCCGCCCCCUCUCCCCCUCCCCCUGCCUCCCUCCCCUCACCUCCCUCACCCCCCCCCUCCCCUCUCCUCCCCCCCCUCUCACCUCUCCCCCUCCCCUUCCCGCCCUCCCCCCUCCCCUUCCCCUUCUCCCCUCCCCUGCCCCACCUCUCCCCUCCCUCGCCCCGCCUUCCCCUCCCCUCUCCUCUCCCCUCCCGUCCCUUCUUUCCCCUCCCCCCCCCCUCUCCCCCCCCCUUCCCACCUCCCCUGGUCCCCUUCCCAUUCUCCCCUCGGCCCGUUCUCCCUCUCCGCCUCCCCCCCCUUUCCCCUCUCCCCUCCCCUCCCCUUCCGUCUCCCCCCCUCCCGUCCCCCCUCUCCCUCCUCCCCGUUCCCCACUCCCCCCGUCCCCUUCCCGCUUCCCCCUCCCCUCCCACUCUCCCCUCCCCUUCCCCCACUCUCCCCUCCCCUUCCCCUUCUUCUCUCCCUCCCCUUCCCCGUCUCUCCCCUCCCCGCCCCACUCUCCCCUCCCCGUCCCAUUCUCCCCUCCCCGUCCCACUCUCCCUCCCCGUCCCACUCUCCCCUCCCCGUCCCAUUCUCUCCUCCCCGGCCCACUCUCCCUUCACCGUCUCACUCUCCGCUCCCCGUCCCAUUCUCUCCUCCCGGCCCCACUCUCCCCUCCCCGUCUCACUCUCCCCUCCCCGUCCCAUUAUCUCCCCUCCCCGUCUCACUCUCCCCUCCCCGUCUCACUCUCCCCUCCCCGUCCCACUCUCCCCUCCCGGCCCCACUCUCCCCUCCCGGCCCCACUCUCCCCUCCCCGCCCCACUCUCCCUCCCCCCCCUCUCACUGUCCCCUCCCCGUCUCACUCUCCCCUCCCCGUCUCACUCUCCCCUCCCCUUCCCCAUCUCUUCCUCCCUGCCCCUCUCCUCCCUUCACCCAUCAUCAUCAUCAUCAUCAUCAUCAUCAUCAUCAUCAUCGUCGUCGUCGUCGUCGUCGUUGUCGUCGUCGUCCUAUGGAAUUCUCAUCAAAUAUUACUAUUUUUAUAGAAUCUUGAUCAAAUUAUAUCAGUAUGGCGGGAAAAACAGCAAAGGAGGACGACAAGAUGUUGAUGAUAUUGGCCGAUCGGAAACACUCUCUGUAAAACGAGGCCGAGAAAGGACGUCGGGUUUCUAUAGCAACUGGUGA